UUGUCUUCUGUCUCUCCGAUGCCCAGGCGCGUUGGGCGAAUAGUUCGAUGUUAGCAGGGGUGUGAUCGAGACUUUCUCCGAGUCGUGGGCAGCUACUGAGUGAUAGAAAACGACCUACUGAUACAGUCACUGGAAAGGUUUUCCUCGUGUCUGCUUUUGCGGGGUGAUCGAUUCGCUCCAGACUGGUGCCUCUUGGAGAAGUUAUUCAGCGCCAGGCGACGCGGAUUGUUCGGGGCUUACACACACACACACACACACACACACACACACACUCACACGCUACUACCGUUUCACUAAAAGUCUAAAACGACGAUUAAAAAAACGGCAGUUAAAUGCCACUUGGAUGUUCUGCACUGUGGACAACUGUCUCAACAACGUUCACGAUGUGCUUCACCAACAUGAACCGGAAAAGUAGAUGCAUCAUUAUGUGUCUUGACUUCGAGAAUCUUUUAAGGAUAAAGCUUUGAGAUUCUAGUGAAAUUCCACCCUCAUUGCUCGCGUUCUCCAAUCAUCUGCUUGGAACACCACCGUCGAUCCUUAAGCUACACAUUAUUGGACAACUCUAUCAGGGCCGGUGUACAUUCGCAGGAACACCUGCAAUCCAGAGUGUUGUCCCAAAAGCGCUACAGAAUGACCCACUUUCACUUAUCCACCAUCGUUCUGUUUGACAUCUGCAUUCUUCUGCUUCCUCAGACUAAAGCUGGUCAAAACCCAGACCAUGUGCUGCAGGGGGACGGCAGCAAACACAGCUCGGACUCCAGACGGCCAGCUCCCGGGUCGACGGUAGAGCCAGAGGAUGCACCACGUUUCCUUACCUGCUUCUGCUCAGGUCACUGCCCAGAAGAUGCCAAAAACAACACCUGCAUGACAAAUGGUCAGUGCUUUGCCAUCAUUGAAGAAGAUGAAAACGGAGAUGAUGUGUUAAGCUCGGGCUGUAUGAAGUACGAAGGCUCCCAUUUUCAGUGCAAGGAUUCACAGUUUGCCCAGGCAAGACGAACAAUUGAGUGUUGUCAGUCUGACUUCUGCAACCGUGAUCUGAAGCCUGAGCUGCUUCCACGAGAGCCAGAGGCGUUCCUCACACCUCACUGGCUGGCCUUGCUCAUCUCCGUUACAGUGUGUUGCUGCAUCCUUAUCUGCAUCACUGUGGUCUGUUACUACAGGUACAUCCCUCAUCUGUCCAGUACAUGCUCACAAAAGUAUAAAUGGCAAACAGAGAGGCAGCACUAUCACAGAGACUUGGAGCAGGCUGAAGCCUUCAUUCCUCCUGGAGAAUCUAUCAAAGACCUCAUCCACCAGUCUCAGAGCUCAGGCAGUGGCUCUGGCCUCCCCCUGCUGGUGCAGCGUACCAUUGCGAAGCAGAUCCAGACAGUGCGUCUGAUUGGGAAAGGUCGUUGUGGUGAGGUGUGGUUGGCUCGCUGGAGGGGGGAGAAAGUGGCAGUGAAGGUGUUUUGCACUCGUGAAGAGGCUAGCUGGUUCAGAGAGACUGAGAUCUACCAGACUGUGCUUAUGAGGCAUGAAAAUAUCCUGUGCUUCAUAGCAGCUGAUAUAAAUGGUACAGGAGCCUCCUCCCAGAUGUACCUCAUCACAGACUACCAUGAGAACGGCUCUCUGUACGACUACCUAAAGUUUACCACGCUGGAUACGCAGGCCUUGCUAAAACUGGCCUACUCUACAGCAUGUGGCCUGUGCCAUCUACACACCGAGAUCUACGGCACGCAUGGCAAACCAGCCAUUGCUCAUCGAGACCUGAAGAGCAAGAACAUCCUUGUGAAGAAAAAUGGCAGCUGUUGCAUCGCCGACCUGGGACUGGCUGUCAAAUUUAACAGUGACAACAAUGAAGUCGACAUCCCUCUGAGCACUCGUACAGGAACCCGGCGCUACAUGGCUCCAGAGGUUCUUGAUGAAAGCCUUAGUAAGAACAACUUUCACGCGUACAUCAUGGCCGACAUCUACAGCUACGGACUGGUCAUGUGGGAGAUGGGGAGACGCUGUGUCACAGGAGGGAUAGUUGAGGAGUACCAGUUGCCAUACUAUGACAUGGUCCCCUCAGAUCCUUCAUAUGAAGACAUGCUGCAGGUAGUGUGUGUAAAAGGCCUGAGGCCCACAGUGUCCAACAGGUGGAACAGUGAUGAGUGCUUGAGGGCCAUGUUGAGGCUGAUGUCAGAGUGCUGGGCCCACAAUCCUCAAUCACGUCUCACUGUUCUAAGAGUCAAGAAAACAUUAGCCAAAAUGGUGGAACUGCAGGACAUCAAAAUCUGAGCUAUAUCCAGAUUGGGUUUGUUGGCAAAGCCAGUCAGAGACACAUUCAGGUUCUGUCCUGAUUAACACAAGCUGUGAGAGAUCGAAAUCGACUUCAGUACCAUCUUUGCUCCUUCCCUGCUUGAACUGGAGAGCACACUGAGCUGGGGUUUUUUGUUCUUUUUGUGCUUUCUGUGAAAGCUGUGUAAUCACAGGCUUUGAUCGGAUUCAGACUGCGACUGUGAAUCUUUUCCAAGUACUGGGAUAACCAAUUGACAUUUCUGCCUUACACACCAAACUACUUGUUUUUGUGUCAUCUGUGUAUACGUUGUUCUUCUGUUGUUUUUUUUUUUUUUUGGGAUGAACCUCAAUUCCUGCCACAUGGAAAAACAUUUGUGACUUUUUGCCAAGUGCAAAAAUGCAAUUAUACAUAGACCUGUAAAUAAAGUUGUACUUUAGACUGCA